AAACAGUGCUGUCGGGCGCCUUCGGCUUAAACUCGGUGGGGCCAAACGCUGUGCGGUGAGCAUCCAUAGCCAUUUUGGCCCAGGCCAUUUUUGGAUCAAGCCGUCUCGGCUGAAGCAAGAGUUCGGUCCACCCGGUGCCCGCUAGGUGCCAGUCCAUGGCGAAACAGUCCAAGGAGUCCAUCAUGACCGUCGGGAAAGACGGGCUCGACGUAGAUGCCUUCCAGAAGCAGAUCUCGGACAAGACUUGCAAGAAGCUUCACAUCGUGGACGUCUACACCGCCUGGUGUGGCCCGUGCCUCUCCAUAGUGCCGACGUUGAACAAUCUUCAGGUGAGCGUGGAUUUCUUUUCCGACAGGUGCACGAUCACGCAGGUGGAUCGAACCUUAGUUUCUGAGUUUGCGGAGCGUUUUGCUUCGACCAGCAAGCCUUGUUUCUUGUUCUAUAGGGGUGGACAGGAAGUGAAUCUCGUGGAGGGUGUAAAGAUGCCAGAGAUUCUCAAGUUCAUCCAUCGGAACCUUCCCGAGGUGGAGUCCGAAGACUGACAACGAUUCGGAUUCUGUUGUACCAGCGGUGAUUAUGCAAGGCAAUGCCAAACGGUAUUACCUAAUCAGCGAGCUCGCAGGGCCCUCUCGUGCAAUUAAUAUUGUCGUGCUGUGCCAUUUGACUGCUUACUGUUUCUUGCUUUCGAGAGGGCAUAAUAAUCUUAGCCACGUGUUCUGCGGUCGCGAAGGUCCUUUUUGACAUUCCGACGCUUGUGCGUCUUCAGUGUUUUCUUCAUUGCGCGAUUGCAAACAAAACAGCGGUCCAGCGAACACGCCGUCCGAUGGGCAGAAUGUGUUCGAGGACGGAUGGCCCCGCUCGGCCGGGGAGUGUACAUGCUCGCGGGCCGACGCGAGCUUGAAGAUUGCCUCCUCGGCGACAGGACCGUCUGGUGAGGUCGGCCUGCGCGCGUCACCGAAGCGCGCGUGGUCCGACGGUCGCUAAAACGACGCGAAGAUCGGG